CCACAACACAGUACAGUCAAGACAACAACAAAGUCAUAAGUUACAACUCUUUCUCUGCAACAAUCUCGAUAGAUCCUGCGUCUUCUUCUAAGUUCUACCGACAGUUGUCUUCAACAAGUACAAGGACCAAGGACAAUUUUUGAGUUUUAACGGCGUUAUGGAGCUAGAAACACAAGAAACGGGGCUUGUGUUGGGCAUAGAUUUGGGCACAACGUCUGUGAAAGUUUCUCUGUACGACGGUAAAGAAACCAUUCAAAGUGCAUCGUGUGACACGCAUUCAAAGUUCGUUUGUUCAUCACAGCCACCUGGAGCAGCUGAACAACUAACUAGUAAAAUCAUGGAAACUUGCGAGACUUGUUUGAGUAGGCUCGACUCAGAGAAACUCUCCCGGGUGAAACGCGUCGGCAUCACGGGUCAGAUGCACGGCUGUGUCUGCUGGUCAUCACAUGCCGUGGUUGACCAACUGGAAUUGGCAGGAGCGAGUACAAUCAAAGGGUUCAAUGAUGAUUUGAUUACAACAAGUCCACUUGUUACAUGGGAAGAUUUGAGAUGUACUGAGGAUUUCAUUGCAAGCCUCCCCACUCCGGACACCCAUCUAAGACUCGCUACGGGUCAUGGCUGCGUGACGUUGUUUUGGUUUCAGCGAAACAACCCGGAGUACUUGGAGAAAUUCACACAUGCGGGAACUAUUAUGGAUCUCUUGGUUGCUAGGCUGUGUGGCUUGGAUAAACCUGUUAUGGGGAUACAGAAUGCUGCUAGCUGGGGGUAUUUCAAUGUGUCCGAAAAGUCAUGGAAUAAGGAAAUCCUGACAGCUGCAGGGUUCCCAGUUCAUCUGUUACCAGAGGUCGUUGACCCAGGGGUCAUUGUGGGUCAACUCGGGUCACCAUGGCACAGUAUUCCAGCAGGCUGUAAGGUUGGAGUUGCUAUGGGAGACUUGCCUUGCUCUGUAUUGCCAUUGUUACAAUCGCCAUCAGAUGCAGUUGUGAAUAUCGGUACAUCUGCACAGCUUGUGACCAGUACCCCAGCAGGCUUUGAUCCACCGAAGUCAACUCCUAGCUCUACCAUCGAAUACUUCCCCUUCUUUAAAGGCCAAUACCUUGCAGUCGCAGCAGCCCUGACAGGAGGCAAUGUCAUCGCAGACUGUGUCUCAUCUUUAUGUCAACUAGCCGAAGACUUUGGUCUCAGCAUCUCAAAAGAGGAUGCUUACAAGAAAUUUAUCGAGAAGGGUCUGGAAGUGAAAGAUACAAGCAUUCUGAUUCGCCCGACACUUUAUGGUGAGAGACACGCACCAUCUCAGAGAGCUAGUGUUGAGAAUCUGGCGCCUGGGAAUAUGAGGGUCGGUGAUAUCUCACGAGCCUUGUGUUGUGGGAUUAUUACAAACCUCCAUAGCAUGAUGUCGAGAGAUGAUUUGAUUGAUAGAGGGGUAGGGAGGAUAGUUGGGUGCGGGAGUGCAUUGCGGAGGAAUUCAGUCUUGAUGCAGGAGUUGGAGAGGGUUUUUAAGAUGCCUGUUGUACAUGGACAGGGUGGGGAUGCUGCUCAGGGUGCAGCUAUGGCAAUGCUAAUGUAACAAAGCAGCUCCUGUGAACAAUAGGGAAUUGAUUGGUAGAGGGGUAGGGAGGAUAGUUGGGUGCGGAAGUGCAAUGCGGAGGAAUCCAGUCUUGAUGCAGGAGUUGGAGAGGGUUUUUAAGAUGCCUGUUGUACAUGGACAGGGUGGGGAUGCUGCUCAAGGUGCAGCUAUGGCAAUGCUAAUAUAACAGAUAGGUUUGUAAAUAGUAGAAAAGGUCCAUGUACAGUACAUUUGCAGUUAGAAUAAAAAAAAGUAUAAACUGAUGAAUUAUAUUGAUUCCCUGAGACAUUCUGUCAAUAAAUAAACAUGUCAACAAAUAAAACAUCAAAUUUUCAUUACUUGUUGGUUCAGAGCCUGAUCUGAUGACAAGGUUUUAGCCGGGAGGAUUUGGGAAAAGGUGUCAAAAUCUGCUGAAAGUUUAGAUAAAACAGGCUGUCCACAUUUACAACGGGGUGUCCAAAAGACACCCAGACACCCCUCUGGCUACUACUAUGCCCUAUGAAAGAACAAUGAGUUGCAAUUCCUGCAUACUACAUAUUAAGUGGUGUUUGAAACUUUGCAUUGUGUGGAAAAACUAUAGGAGUAAACUUGUGGGUACAUUAUAGCCCUAUACAGGAC